UUUCCAAAUCGCUCUCUUUCUCUCCCUCUCUUGCUCUGCUUCUCGAUCUUGCAAGCAAUCUCGCCGGAAAUGGAGGAGAAGACGACCGGAGAGGGCGGAUCUCCGGUGGAGGGUGAGCAGAGAACGGCUGUGCUGUACGUUGGGGACUUGGAUCCCUCCGUCACGGAGGCAGAUCUCAUCAAUGCGUUCGAUCGCUUCGGGCCCCCCUCAUCAGCCCGUGUUUUCCGUGACUCCAACUCCGGAUCGUCUCUCCGCUACGCGUUUCUCAAUUUCCCCUCUUUGGACUUAGUAGCUGAGAAGGCGCUAAGGGAGAUGAAUCACAGUCCUUUGAAUGGAAAACCGAUGAGGAUUAUGUGGUGUGCUCGUGAUUCAGUCACCAGGAAGUCGGGAAUUGGGAAUCUCUUUGUCAAGAAUCUUGAUGUAUCGGUUGAUGGAUCGGCGUUAGAGAGAAUGUUUUCGGAUUAUGGGACAGUAGUUUCAUGCAAGGUUUCUGUGGAUGAGAAGGGGAUAAGCAAAGGGUUCGGAUUUGUUCAGAUGGAGUCCGAGGAAGCCGCUUUGUCAGCGAUCAAAGGUUUGAACGGAAAGGACCUCAAGGAUGGGGUCAAGAAACUUUAUGUGUCCAAAUUCCUCAAGAAGAGUGAGAGGGAAGCAUCGCCUAUGGAAUUUAAAUGUUCAAACCUCUACAUCAAGAAUCUGAGUUCUGAUAUCACUAAUGAACUUCUUCAAGACAAGUUCUCUGAAUUUGGCAAGGUCCACAGUGCUAUUGUCAUGAAAGACAGUAAUGGAAAGUCUAAAGGCUUUGGGUUUGUUAGCUUUGAGUUGCCAGAACAUGCGAAGAUUGCAAUGGAAGCAAUGAACGGCUCAAAACUUGGUUCAGGGUCAAAGAUUUUAUAUGUCGGACCAGCUCAGAAGAAAGAAGAACGUGAGAAGAUAUUGAAGUCACAGUUUGGAAAGAAGCUAGAUCAACCACUGAAGAAGAGCCAGAGUGAGACAGUAUAUGUGAAGAACCUUGAUAUCUCAGUUGAUGAUAGGAAACUUUUAGAACACUUUGUUGGAUGUGGCAAAAUAAUGUCUGCAAGAGUGUUGCGAGAUCCUAAUGGACAGAGCAGGGGUUUUGGCUUUGUUCGGUUUUCAUCCCCUGAUGAGGCAAACAAGGCUAUAACAACACUGAAUGGGUCAAUGCUGAAUAACAAAGCUCUGUAUAUUGGAACUGCCCGUCGGAUCAACACCUUUAGGAAGUUCCAAUCUGCCAAAAGCUUUCCAUAUCAGGAUCCCCUCUAUACCACAAAUUACUACAUUCCACAUGCUCAUGCACCAUGCUCUGGAAGGCCUCAGUGUGUAGCACACGGAAAUCAAAUGUACAUAUAUCAGCAUCCCAAGCUUGGAAUGGAUUAUUCUCUGAAGCAUUCAAGCUACCAGUUUGACUCCUCUCCGCUGAAGAUGACUGGCUACAUUGACUUUCCAAUAUCAUCAUAUUGGUCUGGGAAGGGACACAGUGAUGCAUACUCCUCCCAGUGUGAAGUUCCGAAAUCAAGCAAAUAUCAGGGACAAAAUAAUGCUUCCACUGAAAUGGUCACAAAGUUAAUCACCCAGCGAUAUUCUGCCCAGAGGUUGAGGGCACUGGCAAUGGGUGAGAAGCAGCAGUUGGUCUUCCCUCAGAUUCAGAAAAAGUUGACUACCGAGGACAAGAUGGAAUUGGAGGUUCUGAAGCAUGGGAAGGCUAGGGCGGUUAAAGUUGUUGGACCUGGAAAUGGUACCAGUAUCACUGCAUAAACUUGUAGGGCAGCUGGAUUUUUAGUUUACUGUGAUUGAUUUUUGUUCUUUAGAUGCCAGUAUUUUGGGAAUUAUCUUCUACUUGCAAACUUGUUUACACAAAUUGAAAUUCCCUCUUACUACAUGAAUAAAUCAAACAAAUAAAAAGCACAUUAGACUUUGGAGCGAUCUGGAUUU